AUGACCUUUGACGAGAAGAAGGUGCAGUUCAUCGCCGCUUUGCUCAAGUCCAAUGUGCGCAAGCUGAAGGAGAUGGACGCCACUGAGUCGUCAGAGGAGGGCAAGAAGGCCUUCAGCAUGUACAGCAUCGGCGAGAAGAAGCCACUGGAGAGUGGUGCCAAGCCGCACUCGGCCAAGGCCCUUUACCUUUGCACGCACAAGUCAUUUCCGCCUGACGUUCAGGUCAUCGCCAAGCUCUACGACCCAAAGACGUACGACCCGAAGAGUUCGCUUUUUCUCAAGACCUGGGACGUGAUUCACCACGACGGCUCGAUCUACGUUUUUCAGGAGCUGGCUCCCUACGGCUCAAUGGCGGAGCACCUGAAGAAGAAGGGCAGUCAGCUGUCGGAGGAGGAGUGCCAGUUGGUGGCCUGUCAGUUGCGCACUGGCAUGGACUUUCUUGGAGACAUGGGAGUUUCUCAUCGAGCUAUUUGCCCCCGUCACCUGCUGCUCCUGCACAAGGACCUGCGCGUCAAGUUGACCGGUUUCCGUAGUGCGGUAAUCUACUACAAUGAGAAAAAGGAUGACAUCGCCUUUCAGCCGUGUCUGUCAGUGAAGAAGAAGUGCAAAGAGGGCACUGAGGACUACAAUGCUCCCGAGAUGUACGGCAACUCAAAGAAGGAGCAGUUUGACCCAGUGCAAGCUGAUAUCUGGUCUGCGGGCGCCACACUGUUUAACCUGCUGACUGGCAAGUUUCCCUAUGACUGCCUAAAGAACAGUCCCAAGGUGGAGAAUGAGAUUCAGAGCAAUAUUCGCUCGCUGAAGCUCUCUGACAAUGGCAAGAGCGCCCUUGGCUACAUGCUCACCACCGAGUCCACCAAACGUUUCUCCACUGAACGUCUCAAGGAUCACCCCUGGUUCCACGAGAAGUCUGCGGGCGCCACACUGUUUAACCUGCUGACUGGCAAGUUUCCCUAUGACUGCCUAAAGAACAGUCCCAAGGUGGAGAAUGAGAUUCAGAGCAAUAUUCGCUCGCUGAAGCUCUCUGACAAUGGCAAGAGCGCCCUUGGCUACAUGCUCACCACCGAGUCCACCAAACGUUUCUCCACUGAACGUCUCAAGGAUCACCCCUGGUUCCACGAGAAGUAG